UUUGUCGGAGCUCUACGCCAUACAUGGAAUCUACGCUUAACUUUUGUUAGUUUCAAAAUUUUCGUUAUUGUGUCGCUAUCUGUCGUUUCUGCUAAAAAUUCAGAUCGUAGUACAACUCAACGAUAAGUUAGACGAAAUGUCAUUUUUGACAGCAUAAUCUAACAGCAGGGAAAAUAAACUUUUGUCUCUCUAAUAACGAAAUAUAAAGACGAUAAUAUAAUAUAAAAAGCUUGAUGAGAAUAUAUCUAACCUUUAAAACGUGCAAUUCACAAUGGUGAUAUAUGGUGUCUACAUCGUAUCAAAGUCUGGUGGUUUGAUUUUUAAUCAUGAUCACAAUGUUCCAAAAAUUGAAGUUGAAAAGUCUUUUAAUUAUCCACUAGAUAUUAAGUUGAAUUAUGAGAAUAAGAAGGUGAUGGUAGCUUUCGGGCAAAGAGAUGGAAUCAAUGUGGGUCAUGUAUUAACAGCUGUAAAUGGAAUCACAGUCACAGGACGUGAACUUGAAGAUGGAAGAGAUGUAUUGGAUAUGUUGGAGCAGCCAGAAAAUUUUCCUAUAACACUGAAAUUCAGUCGAGCAAAGAUGACCACAAAUGAGAAAAUAUUUUUAGCCUCAAUGUUUUACCCUCUUUUUGCUAUAGCAAGCCAACUAAGUCCUGAACCACGUAGUUCCGGAAUUGAAGUUCUAGAGGCAGAUACAUUUCGUUUAUAUUGUUUCCAGACAUUGACAGGAAUUAAGUUUAUGAUAGUAGCUGAACCUUCUCAGCCUGGUAUGGAGAUUUUGUUAAAGAGAGUAUAUGACUUGUACGCUGACUAUGCACUAAAGAAUCCAUUUUAUGCACUGGAAAUGCCCAUCCGAUGCGAACUGUUUGAAACUAAUCUACAGACAUUGUUAGAAACAGUUGAAAAAUCUGGGAUAAACAAUGUAUAAUUUAU